CGGGAACCGAGAAGGGGGACAGGAGCAAAACGCAGACGGAGCGCAGCAGCGGGGCUCGGUGUUGCAUCGGCCGCUGGCGGAGGACCUGCACAUGUCGGCGCGGUGAGGGAGCGUUUGUUUCCCCGCCCUGAUACGGUUGUCGGACGGCAGGAAGAGGAGGUUUUGUGGAAGGGGUAUAAACCGCGACGAGAACAACAUUAUCCACCUCUGCGAGAAAAAAAUAAUAAGCAGGUGCGGCCGUUUGAAAGAGGAUCUGUGAAAGCGAGCGAGAAGGACAACAGUGAUGCGGCAGCCGAGGUGGGCCCAGACUGAUGAUUUUAUGAUAUCAUCACCCACCGCCAGGACCGAUCACUGAUUUUAUUGAUAAGGAGCAUCAUCGAGGAGAAUAAGCUAUAAACUGACCUGGGGUCCGUUUGUUUGUUUUUGAGCCGGAUAAACAAGACGUGCUUGAUUACAGUGAUUUUCUUUACACGAGGAGUUAAAUGAUAGAAAUAAAGAUCCGAAUUUAGGCCGAUGACUUAGUCUGUGUGUGUGACGCCAAUACAGCAGCAGAGAGCUGUGUGUGUGUUUGUCUGUGUGUGUGUAUGUGUGUGCGCGUGUGCGUGUGUGUGUGUUAGUGUGUGUGAGGGUGAGGAGACGCGCCUGUCUGAGCAUCAUCUGGUAGCUGCACGGGCUACUCCUCCACGGGGAUGAUACACAAGCGAUUUUUCAUCUGUGCGUGAAAAACAGAAGAAUCCGGGAUGAUGAUGCUGCUGCUGCCAUUUCCAGUGCGGCUCUGAUAGAGACAGCGAGGCGCACAGCACGGGACUGGACAUCCAGAAAAUCUCUUUCCUCACCUCUCCUCCGCCUCUGCACCUUCUCCCCCCCUUUAUAUCUCCCCUCUCCCCCAUCCCUCCCUCCUACCCCGAGCUUCUAUUCAUCCUGAUCAAUUGAUAAUCAUUCAGAAAGCCCCCCACUCCUCCAUCCUUAAAUCUACUCCAUUCACCUUUCUCAAGCGCCCCUUUACGCACUCACACGAGCAAAGACACGCGCACCACCGCCGCCAUCUACAGCCACCAUGGAGACGACCAAGCUGCCUCCGUCCAGCCCGUCCUCGCCGACCACCAGCUUCUCGGUGCCGUCCGCAGAGAAGGUGGACGGCUUCCCGCGGAGGUCGAUGCGCAGAGCCCGGCAGAGGAGGUCUCACAGCUCGUCCCAGUUCCGCUACCAGAGCUCCCAGGUGGAGCUCACCCCACUGCCCCUGCUCAAAGACGCCCCGGUGGCAGAGUUACAUGACCUGUUCUGUAAGAAGCUGCAGCAGUGCUGCGUGCUGUUUGAUUUCCUGGACUGCGUGGCCGACCUGAAGGGGAAGGAGAUCAAACGUGCGGCGCUCAACGAGCUGGUGGAGAGCGUCGCCACGAGCAGAGGAGUCCUCAUAGAGCCUCUGUACCCGGAGGCUAUAAAGAUGAUCUCGGUAAAUAUCUUCCGGACUCUCCCACCCAGCGAGAAUCCAGAGUUUGACCCUGAGGAAGAUGAGCCAACACUCGAAGCCUCCUGGCCGCAUCUGCAGCUGGUGUACGAGUUCUUUCUGCGUUUCCUGGAGAGCCCGGACUUCCAGCCCUCCAUGGCCAAACGCUACGUCGACCAGAAGUUUGUCCUGCAGCUGCUGGAGCUGUUUGACAGCGAGGACCCCAGGGAGAGGGAGUACCUAAAGACCAUCCUGCACCGUGUCUAUGGAAAAUUACUGGGACUCCGAGCCUACAUCCGCAAACAGAUCAACAACAUCUUCCUCAGGUUCAUAUAUGAAACUGAGCACUUUAACGGAGUUGCGGAGCUUCUGGAAAUCCUCGGCAGCAUCAUAAACGGCUUCGCUCUGCCCCUGAAGGCUGAACACAAGCAGUUCCUGGUUCGGGUUCUCAUCCCGCUACACACGGCGAAGUCCCUUUCCAUCUUCCACGCACAGCUAGCCUACUGUGUGGUGCAGUUUAUGGAGAAAGAUGCUACAGUGACUGAAUACAUCAUCAGAGGGCUGCUCAAGUACUGGCCCAAAACCUGCACGCAGAAAGAGGUGAUGUUCCUCGGGGAGAUUGAGGAGAUCCUGGAUGUGAUCGAGCCGUCUCAGUUCAUCCGGGUCCAGGAGCCGCUCUUCAAGCAGAUCGCAGCCUGUAUCUCCAGCCCUCACUUCCAGGUAGCGGAGCGGGCUCUUUACUUCUGGAACAACGAAUACAUCCUCAGUCUGAUAGAAGAGAACUGUCAAGUCAUCCUGCCGCUGGUGUUCGCCACCCUCUACAGAGUCUCCAAGGAGCACUGGAACCAGACCAUCGUGUCUCUGAUCUACAACGUGCUGAAGACCUUCAUGGAGAUGAACAGCAAGUUGUUUGAUGACCUCACGGCCUCCUACAAAGUGGAGAAACAGAAGGAGCUGAAGCGAGAGAGGGAGCGUGCAGAUCUCUGGCGAGGCCUGGAGGAGCACCAGGACCGCCGAAUGCAGAUGCUCACCGAGGCCGCCAGGAACCAGCGCAACCUCCAGGAGCGAGGCGAGAGAGGGGACCCGCCGUCCCCGUCGUCCCCGCAGACGGCUCACUCCGACCAGCCCGAGCCCAAGCCCAGCGGGGCCUCUUCCUCCUCUGGAGCCGGGGAGAGCGCCACCUAGGUGCUGCUCCACAGAGAUUGGAUAGCACGGGGGUUAGGGGACAGGGAGAAGACACAAGGUUGAAAAGUGUUGGGAGAGAAAAGGUACAAAACAAAUCCACAGUUCUUUAUAUCUUGUAUCAUUGAGGGCGUGGCUUUUUGUGAAAGAGCGCACAAACUCCGUGAUCCGAGGUAAAGACUGCACCUUGUUGUUCUGACAGAGUUGUGUGAAAGUGGUUCACUUUUUGCUGUACACACAUUAUGUUGCAGAUCAGAAGAUGAAUAUUGUCCAAAAGUGCAGACUGUCAUUUUAAUUCGUGGCUGGUUUAUAACUGCAGGUCAGUAUCCAACAUUGGUAGCUGGCCUGCUUAAAAUCAGCCUCAAAAUAAGAGAUGAAAUUUCUCUUUUGGUGCAACACUUCCCAAGUUUAACACGUGUCUAACUUGUCUUGAUAUUUAACCAACCGAGUCUGUACUGUGGCCGCGUAUUUAUCUUUUGCUCAGAGAUGCUUAUUUCAUGCGUGGACAGCACAAUACAUUAAUAAACAAAGGAAGCAAUUUCACACAAAUGUCCCAAAACUAUUUGCUGCACAGACCAGACACACACACACACACAAACACACAGACACACACGCACGCACAUACACACGCACACACACACACAUACACACACACAGACGCAGGUACAUAUUUACUGUAAAUAUGAGAAGACGAAGUGUAUCAAACAAUAAAAGUCUUACUCACCAACACUAGAUUGAUGCACCAAAAUAUUUCACACACACACACACACACACACACACACACACACACACACACACACACACACACUAUCAAGCUGGUUCUGGCGCUAACUCCUCUCCAUUUCUGUCGGGUUCCACCAAAGGACGAGCCUAAAGUCUCUGAUGAUGAUAAUGAUAUAAAGUACAAUACUGUUCCUUCUUCUUACUUGUUACUCUACUACUACUACUCUACUCUACUCUAAGUACUACUGAUGAUGAUGAUGAUGAUAAUGUUUUUAUAUAUAUACAUAUGUCUCUGGAUAUUUCUGUAGUGUAUUAUGGGAGAAACACUAGUGUAGCAGAUACCAUAAAGGGGAAGGCCGGCUCGAAUUCUGAAUUCACGUCACAUGUUAACUGUACGAGGCCAUAAUGUGAGUGCUGAAAUUCAGCGGAGUUCCCCUUUAACAGACCUUAAAGAGGGGAGGAAUGAACUGGAUUGGUGGCGGCUGUUUUUCUUUUCUUUUGAAAUUUGGGAUGUUUGUGGUGCGACGGGUGUAUUUUAAAGGGGUAUUUCGUAAAAAUCCAAAAACAUUCCAUGUUUAAAGAUUCAGUUUUGUUGGUUUGGAGGUGCCCCGUGGAGUUACUCACAUCGUGUGUAUCCUCUUGACAAAUGUGUUGAAUGGAUUUCCUUCCUCAUAAAACAUUCGAUUUUUUACAAUAUUUGAAAUCUUGCAUUGUUUACAUCCAUGUUUACCUGCUAGCAAUCUUAUUCUUCCCGCCUUUAACGGCACAUUGCUAAGUUUCUUUGCACAUUACUGCCACAAACUGUCGAUCCAUGGAAAAGCCUGGCAGCAUGAUGUGAAUCACAUCGCCCGUGUGCACACAUGUGAAACCUCGUGCGUAAUACAAACAUAAUGGGGACCCGCUCAUAAAAGCAUCACUCUGUCAAAAACUCCACAGGGUACCUUUUAAUUUUGAUGACGCGACACACAGUGAAGAUUCUUUUGAAGUUUUACAAAUUUACUCAUUUGCUUCGGUUACAUUUUACAAAGCUGAAUUUUAGAACCCCCCCCCCCCCACGAUUUCUAACCAAAAAUGUAUCCAAGCAGACUAGUAAACCCCACCCUGCACAGAGGUGACUGGAGGCCAAAUAAAGCGCACCACAAGUGUUUCAGAGCAAAAGAAAAACACGGUGAUCCAGAGCGCCUGUUCCUGCGAGAUGGCGACCAUGACGAUGAUAACUUUUUUCGGUUUAUUCUUGUCUGAUCAUUAUGAAAGAGUGACGCGAUAAAGAGAAGGUGGGGGGGGAAAAAACUGAAAAAAAUUAUUUUAGCAAUAUUUUCAUUCUUUCAGGAUAAUCUGUGUGUUUUUAGGGGGUUGAACAGGAAGUGGGUGUCACACUCAAAUGUUUACCCCCCACUCUUGUUUUUACUCCUGUUGCGUCCUUGAUAUUCACAUUGUCUUAAAGGUACUUUCUGUGUAAAUUUAUUUGAUGAAAAAAAUGUUUUGCUUUGUAAUUAUGUUGUUUUUCUUUCUUGGUUUUUGUAUGAUCUUGUUCAUUUUGUGGAAAACUGAUACUGAUGCUAUUUAUUUUCUAUUUGAUCAGGAAAUGUAACCUUAUUUGAAGAUGAUGGUCAGGUUGUGUGUGUGUGAGUGAGUGAGUGCGUGCGUGUGUGCAGCGUGUGUGUAUCCAGUGAGUGAAUCAGCGAGCAGGAGAUGUGCGUAGACAGAGUGAUAGAGAACGAGAGAAAACUGUUCUCUCUUUGUUUCUUUCUCUCUCUCUCCUUCUCUCCUUCCUGAGGGGCGGGGGUUUGAAUCCGAAUGUAUCGUAAAACAAAUCAAUUGAUUGUUUUUUUGACGCUUGAGACGCAGAGCUACCUGUCGGCUGCUUCGUAACCAAACAUUCAGAAACCCUUCAGACCAGCAGUUCAGACUCACUUCUACUCAUGCCUGAGUCAACAAGGUUUUGAAAUCCAUUUGACUUGCAGCUCUCGGAUGGGAAAGUGUUAUCCAGCUGUUUAUUACUGAUUUAGCAUUUCAAGCAGAGUUAUCUGCAACUCGCCAGGUUUUUCUGAACUCUUUAAGUUUGAGUUUGGUCAACUUGUUCCGAUGCUCUCAGGCCGUCACACCUAAUCUGACAUUGCUUCGCUGUACAAAAUAGCUUCUUACUUUUAAAAGUUGCAAACUGAUGCCUUGCAUUUCAUUUAAUUUGCAGAUGUUGCAUCCGACAUCCAGGUUAUAAAGUCCAACACGUUUGGCAGUCAAGCCAAAUAUUGUCAAAUUUGUGCUUGGAAACAGAAGUUUGACCAGAAAAAGGCAAACUUCCUGCAGUUUGUCACACAUUCGAUUGAAAGCUCCAGAAAAAGCGAGAAAGUGGAGCCUGACUUAACAUUCUUACCUGUGCUCGUGGUUCCCAACCUUUUGGCUUGUGGCUCCUUCCAACAGACAAAACUCUGAGGCCUUCGUGUGGAACUGAGCAGAUCAACCAAAGAGUGUUUUGAUUGGAGGGUUUUCAGAGGCCUCGAAAGGUAAAAGUAUUCAGUAUUUCAUAAGAAUAAAAAACCAAGCUAAUGUGCGUUCCAAUCAACUUCAAAAACACAAAUAACAAAAGAGCAAAACAUUUGAGUAAAAUCAGAAAUAUUUAAUAGUUUUGUGUAAAUAAAAAUGUUUUAUUUAGUUUUCUUGUCCUUUUAAUUAAAUUGUAACCCUUCGAAUUGAUCUCAGGUCCCCUAAAGCCUCUUAGUAACACUAAUCUGUAUAUUUGUUUAGUUUUUCUCCUGUUCCUGCACACGACAGGAGGUGUAGCCACAGAAGAUGCAAUGAUGGAUUAGGUGUAACACCUGAAAACCUGCAGCUGCUGACUCCCCAUUGAUUGGAUUUCAAACGUUGUUUUGAUUCAGGCAAAAAAAAAAAAAACACAACUGAAAAGAGACAAAACUUGACCUCGCUGUCAUAAAACUCAGCUUACUUUA